AUGACCAUGGAACCUACGGGUUCACAAAAACCAAAAUCAACCACACAUACAAGUGUGGAAGAAGAAGAAGCCUUCCAAAAGAUCAUGGAAGAUGCUGAAAAAGAAGAAAGACAAGAAAUUUCUGAAAGUAUGGAAAAGCUUAUUCUUGAAGAAGAUAUGGAAAUAAACGAGGAAAAUGAAGAUGAACAAAUGGAGGAAGGCGAAAUAAACGAAUCUGAAUGGGCCCAAUCGUCUUCUAACUGGGAAAACCCGAAUAAAGAAGAAUCAUUUGCUAAUAAAGCUUUUGAAAAUCAGGAAUGGCAAGAAGUAAAAUCAAAAUCUGAAAAGAAGAAAGAGAAGAUUGAAGAGGAAGCCAUAACUGCAAGUCGAAAGAAGAGAUAUGUGAAGAAAAAUCUCCACGAACUGAAAUACUCAAGGCGCUAUUCGGUCGUCCAGGGACGGACGAUUCGGUGGUUGGAGGUGAUAUUCCGAAGGAAUUAG